AUGUCGAGGCUCCGAUUGGAGAAGAAAGAGCAGAUUGCCGUAUUUUUGGGUUUUUUCGUCAUUAGGGAAGAAACCUUCCUGCAAAUCUGCGGCAUCUUCGAGAUGGUUCGCGACCUCGUUUUGCUGUUCGCAAUUUUAGCCCAAUCACAACUGCGCUAUUCUCGAAUCAAGAUAUCGAACAUCCUUUUCGAAUACAACGCGGUCGAGUACCUCUUCGACUGCCGCGCAGAGCGUCCAUCGCUAGAGGAGACGGUAUUUUGGCGGGAAAUAGGGACAUGGGAUGAAGAAGAGGACGUCGACGCCCGCGAGAGAUGCGGCAUAAUUGCUACAGACAUCCUACUGUUGACCUUGGAGGUAGAUUUUGCGAUGAGGGCUGGAUUCAGGGAUGUCGCCCAGCGCCGAUUGGUAGGCGUGGUUGCACUCGCAUAG